UGCUCCCACCUGCCACAUCCUCCCCGUCCGUGUUGCUCCACUUGGUUGCUCCCACCUGCCACAUCCUCCCCGUCCGUGUUGCUCCACUUGGUUGCUCCCUGCUCGCGCGCCCCACGUGUCUGGGCGCCGCCAUGGCGUCCGUGCUGCGCACUCUCCGCACCCAUUGGAAGAAGAGCACCGUGGGGGGCGCGCUGUGCGUGUGGGGGGCCACCUGGGCUCACAAGCGGCACAAAGCAAGCCUUUUGCGAAGAGCUGCAUGCGAGGAAGCCUUGGUGUUUGGAAACGAACGGCUGUUUCUGACAGACGCCCCGAAGCGCAUCACCGUGUUCCUCAAUCCAGCAGCGAGCAACGGGAAGGCAAAAAACUUGUUUGACCUCAACGCCGCUCCGAUCCUUCACUUGGCGGGAUUUGAAGUCACUGUGGUCAAGACCGACCAUGAGGGGCAGGCGCAGGACCUGCUGGGGGUGCUGGACCGCACCGACGCCAUCGUGGUGGCCGGAGGGAACGGCACUCUGCUCGAGGUUGUUACGGGAAUGCUGAGAAGAGACGACGAGGCCGACUUCAGUAAGAUCCCCAUCGGGAUCAUCCCGCUCGGCAAAGUGAACACCGUCGGCGGCAUCGUUAACCUGCAGGAGGAGGACCAGGUCAGGAGAAUCACCAGCGCCGCGCUCGCCAUCGUCAGGGGGAGCACGGUACCCGUUGAUGUCCUUCAAGUCGUGGGCGUCAAGGGGAAGCCGGUGUACGCCCUCUCGGAGCUGCGCUGGGGGAACUACCGAGACGCUGAGGCCAGCGCCCCCAGGUACUGGUACCUUGGUCCCUUGAAGAAGGUGGCCUCCUACUUAUUGAGCACCUUCCAGGAGUGGCCUCCGAGCCGCCAUGCCCUCCUGUCGUACGCAGAGCCAGCGGAGAGGCCCGAGUAUGUGGAGGAAAGUCCUGGCCCAGUGCCACGGCCCUCCCUGUGGAGGAGAAUCUACAACAGAUUCCUUCGACUGCAGGAGAGUAAAGUGCCAGAGAAGCCAGUGGAGGAGACGCCGCAGACCGAGAUGGAGAUUUCUUCGAUGGAGGUGGUGAUCAGCAGCCUUAACGCCGUGCUCGAUCUGAAGAAGCCAGAUGCGGUGGACAUCGUUCUGAUGCCUUCCGCCGUCACAAAGAUGGACUUCCUUCGUGCAGGGAUGCGGAAGGAAAAUGCAGUCCGCGAGGACUCCACGAAGCUACAGGCCAAAGAGGUUUCUCUCAAGCCGCAGGUGCAGGGCGGCUGGUUCAGCAUCGACAGCGAGGAGUACGAGGCGAUGGACGUGCAGGUGCGCGUGCUGCCCUGGAAGCUGAAGCUCUUCUGCCACAGCUCCAUCCGUGACAAACUGCUGGUCGAAACUCUGCCGACUUUGUGAAAUUGUUCGCGUUUCGGUGUUUCUUUUACGAGCGUGAACAAAAUAAAAUCCGUACAAUUGA